AUGAUGAAGAGCCUGGUUUUCGCACUUGUGCUGGUUGCUGCAGGAUUCGUGGCGUCGUAUCCGCGCUAUGAGGAGGUGGUGCGCAGCCCCAAGGACUUCGACCUGCUCUACAGCUCGACGUCAGGACCUCACAACGAGACGUGGUACUUUGCCUCCGUAGUCAACCUAACGUCCAUCAUCAUCCCGUCGCAGAUCUUCAACUUCUGGAGCUCAGGUCCAUGGACGAGUGGAUCGUACAAAGAGGAGGUUGACAUUUACGUGUACGAGACGGUACUCGCGAGCGGUUCCGGGUCGCAGACUUACUUGUUGGCGUCUGGCUCCUUCAACGGCACCGCCAGAUUCGGCCAGGAACUGGACAUCCCGCUCAGGAACGCUACGCUCAACGGCGCGCCCCCAGUCGGUCAGUACUUCAACGCCUACAGGGGCUACAAGUACACGGUCAACAUCGUCUUCAAGAAGACCGGCAUCUACCCGUGGUACACGACGAGGACUCUCUCCACCUACUCCGUGGUCUCGGGCAUGACAAAUGGAGUUGGAAUUGCCAUCGGACUGUCGUACACUCUUGUCUGAGAGGUUGUGCCAAAUCAACGCAUCGCUUUGGUUAGCUAUGAGACUCAACUGUCGUAGAGGCUUGCAGACUGGGGCGUUAUUCACUACUCCUGCUGCUAUUGUGGUUCGUGCUACAAACAAUUUGUACAGCCAACUCACUGCUCACAGAAAGCGGCCGAAAAAUGCUUUCUAGGUCUGCAUCUCAGCUUCAGUUUACUAUCAAAAAUAUCAAUGAACUGAAGCUGAGACGCACACAUGGGCAGCAAACAUUUUUCAGCCGCAUCCCAGUAGCACUGAGUCAGCUGGCCGCAUCGUUUGAAGCAAGAAGUCAUUUUCAUUUUGUAUCUGAACCAAAGAUGUUAGGUUC